UUUCAACACAACGUAGCAUCGUUUAAAAGAUACAACUAUUUACCCUAAUAUAACAAUAAAAUUUAUUCCAUUAUUUUUUUAGACCAUCUAAAUAAUAUUUGAUACGAUUUGACUCAAAAUGGUUUACAUUGAAACGUGGGAAGAGUUUACAAAAGCUGCUGAACAAUUAUACUUAUCUAAUCCUAAAAAAACUCGUUUUACUAUGAAAUAUCGAAAUUGUGAAGGAAAAUUAGUUGUCAAGAUGACAGAUGAUGUUGUGGUUUUAAAAUACAGAACAGAACAUGCACAAGAUGUUAAAAAAGUAGAAAAGUUAAAUAACAUUUUGAUGAGACAUAUGACUGCAAAGUAAUUACGAGUGAAUAAUUUUUUGAUAAAAACCACAAAUUCGAUUAUGCCAUCAUAAUAAUCACAAUUAAGCUUCAUUUAGAAGAAACGCUUUGCAUCAUCUUUGUUUUUGAUAUUGCAUUAAGAACGAAUUUUUAUGGUGUUAUAGUAAAAGAAAUUCAAACUUUGAACAAACAUUGUGUUAAAUUAAAUUUUAUUUGAUUUUAGUGAAUAGAAUUAUGGGUAAUGGAGUUGUUGAAUUAAAAUGAUUAAAAUAAAUGUAGAUUUUUUUU